AUGGCUUCCGGCGCAGUUUCCGUUCCUCAGGGCAAGUACGAGUUUCUCGUCGUGGUUCAUGAUAAGCCUGGCGUUCUUGAGAAGCGACUUGCUGUGAGAGGACAACAUUUUGAGAAUAUGAAGCCCAACGUUGAGAGUGGGAACUGGAAGAUGGGAGGUGCCAUUCUGAACAGUGUUCCCAAAGAUGAUAGCCCCAGCAGUUUGGACUUUGCAGGAAGUACACUUGUCUGCAUUGCCGAGUCCGUGGAAGAGGUGCGAGAGGCGUUAAGCAAGGAUAUCUACGCGACUUCAGGAGUUUGGGAUAUGGACAAGGUCCAAAUCUACCCUUUCAAGGCUGCCUUUAGAUUCAACUAA